AACGAGCCGAGGCCAGCGCUCCCAGUCCUCCCUUUAUGAGGGCAACAACGACAAUGCAGAGCAAUCAUGAAACCGAAAUUCGGCAAUAUCUGUACGGUGUCCUAGAGGAGUACAUGAAUGAACACAUUCUAAUUGAUCAUGUCGCUUAUUCCACUGCCAUGGUCGCUGAGGUGGGAGUACUCCGAGGCGUGGCAACGCGUCUAAUGAGUUCCCACUUCCUUUAGCUUCUCUCUCAAUGCCUUCGUCUUGUGCCUCAUGACCAUAUCGGCGUCUUCGGGCUUCCGGAGAUACCCAUGACUAGACUAUUUCGUCUUUGCAACGUGGUGGAGAUCCAGCCGCCUACUGUAGAGCGAUGGACUAUGGAUGCUGAUGAUCAACAGUAUCUGCGCGACCAUCUAAAGUGGAGGGCCUCUUUUCAAAGUUCGAAACUGGAGUCGAUGCGUAUGAUAAUAGAGUGUGAUCCAGAAUGUGGAAAUAAUAAUAGAAGGCCCCUAUCUCCUCCUUUGGUAUCCAGGCAGACGGCACGGAACACUCCUCUUUUGACUUUGGAUGCUGCCAAGUCCCGCAUUACUUUGUUCCCUAAAAACCAUCGGAACAUGAUGAUGGCUUGCUUCUUGAAGCCUGUCGGAGUGACUGCCAUACUGGACGAUGACACUUUGAAGAAUGCGGAUGAAGAGCUGAGUCGGGAAAUUGAUCAUCACCCAGACGAGACGCGGUACGCGGAGCCGCUUAAAAGCUCAUUGCCAAACAUCACCCGACCUGGGAUAUCUGGGGGCUCAAUUCCACUCGCCGUCCAAGAUUUCCUUUUCCACCCAGACUCACCUCCCAUCAUGGUGCCUCGCCCCAUCACACCUCCUCUGUUCCCCCGGGACAGUGAUCCUCUUCGAAAACGAUGUGGAAUACCUCAUUCAUCUCCACCAUCAACCCCAGCCCGGGCACCGGGUCUAUCAGAAAGACUCCGAAACUUGGAAUCUCCCGCGCGCCGAUCGCGCGCCGUUUCUGCGUUUCCCGAACUGGUUGGGAAGUUCGUUCCUCGUGUCAAGUUAGAAGACUUUGAGACCAAUCUCACAAGAGAGAACAUGGCAGUUGUGGAUGGGUGGACUGCGUAUGUUCCCGCCGCUGCGGACUUUGUCGCCUCGGAUCCACCUGUACCUUCUCUCAUCGCUGACCAGAGCGCAGACGAUCCUGAGAGCGAUGAUAUCGAUGAAAUAUUAUGGGAACAAUCGCCCCAGCCAGAAAAGCCAUUCUUUUCAACCAUGGUUGCUGAGUCCCGCAUGGAUAAUUUCCUUAUCCCCCGAGUUCAGAAACGGGGCUUUGGAUCCGCUUCUUUGAUUCAAUCAGACGAAGUUCGCAAGAGACUGCGGCUUGAAGAUACUAUUGUUCCGUUUGGGAAAACAUCUCAAGAACAUACACCAGAAGCGAAUGUGACCUCGUCGAUCAGUGAGGCACUCACGAAGGACGAGAUAUCAGUGGGGCAGCCUGUGAGCGAUAACGAUGAGGGAUAUUUCGACACAUUCGACAGCGAGAUAAGGAAUGUGUACCCGCUUGGAGACAACUCCGACAAGAGACGGAAGUUUAAUCCAUAUGCUAUCAUCAUGGAUGUCCCCCUUGAGGACGAGGAUGACACAGGGACUUUGCUACUCAAAGUUCCCCUCCUUCCCGAACCGAACGCUCGCCCUGUUAGGAUCCCUCAGCUCACGGGUUUCAAGGAUCUACUUGCUCCGCCUUCCAUCAAAGGGCUACCUAAAUCACACGGGGUUGACAAUUCAAAAUCGAAAAAUGUCAUCCGACUCGCCAAGGUUCAAGACCUUGCUCCACUAAAUAUUGAGCUAUCCUGGAGCCCGUUCGUCACCGGAACCAAGGUUCUGACUCACAUGGACGCGGCGGAUAUUUCGAUGGACGAUUUCGAUGGAGACGAGAUUGAGCUCAACAGAAUUGUGAUGGCAGCUCAGGCAAUUCAACCUAAGCAACGCUGGAGACAGGUCGAUGAGCUGGAUGACUUGACUUUAUCCAAAACUCGUUCGGGUCUCUUGCGUUCUCUGGGUGGUUUCCUACUUACUAGGGCCGAGAGAUGCCAGCUGUCGGCCCGAUCGGGUGUGCUCUCUCAACUCUCCAAGGGAAGAAAUGAUCUAGUUUCGUCAUCUCCCCAAACAACCGGUCCAAUGACGGCACAAGAUGUAACAAAGACCCAACUUCCCAAAGUAGCUGACGACUGUCCUGCCAGAGAUAUGAGACCACCAAAUUCUUCGAUCUCUACUCCGUCAAAUCCAAUUUUGGUAAUGGAGUCUCGGACUAGCUUACAGCGACACAGCAUCGAACAAACUCUGAAUCUGGCUGUACCUUCUGCAACUCAAAAGGAGUCUAUAUUUGUCGCUGGCCGUAUAUCUAUAACACCUACGGACAGCAAUAGCAGCGCAGUUGCGGCAUACCGUUCUGAACCAGCCGCGUCACUUGUUGCGCGUUUCCGCCAGCUGCAGGACCCAUCAAUAGUCUAUGAGCCACGAGUUGAUACCGCACCUACGACACUUUCCCCAAGUACCCGCGUGCGCGAAGCCCCCGCUCAUGUGGACCCAUCACCCACAAGUGUCCCUUCGGAGAUGAUUCACCCCAACUCCUUGCUGAUCCCCCAACAUUGGAUUACACCAUCUCAGCCACACCGAUAUAUGGUAUCAUUGAACCUGAUUCAAAGGCGGGCUGUCACUGCUGCUCUGUGCUCUCAUACUUGUAAUAUUACGCUAGCUGAACGCGACAGGUUGUGGUAUAACUCGAAGAUCGAUUCGUCUUCUGCAGUAAAGCUACUCCCUGAUGGUCCUGACGUACUCAUCGACUCCCAUACUGCUGUGCUCCUUAUCACUCUUGCAUCCAUUAUUACUGUCGAAGGGGGCUUACGGCAAUUACUCGAGACACUUUCCCAGUCCUUCACUCGAGUACUGAUAGUUUUCGAAGCCUAUCCGAAGUCAAAGGCAUGUCAUGUUGAGAGUCCCGAAAGCACAAAGGCAGAUCAUGUUCUAAACAUGUUCACGCCUCCUGUGUUGUCGGCUUUCAAUCGCUGGCGUCGAUUACUCGACAUAUCAGUUGCGAUCGAUAGCAUUAACACACAAUGUAAGGUUGACUGGGUUUUCGCACGCACACCCAAGGAAGCCGCCGAAUUUAUCCGCCUGCUUGGAGACCAUACAGAAGAGCAUACCGAUGCUGUCCUCCGCCCGCAUCUGUGGGAUAGUCGAGAGUGGGUGCUUGAGGAUCCCACCUUGGAGGAGUGCGAUCUCACCAUGUUUCCCGGAAUGAACUGUUUCUGUUCUGCGAUCAUUUUGUCUCGAACCACUCCCGAGGAGUUCCUUGACUUUGCCCCUCUUGAGCGCGAGCAGGCAUUCGGACCAUUGAUCGGGCAUAAGCGGAUCACUGCUGUCAACGAAGAGCUUGCUCGCCGUGAGGCUCAAUUGUCGAGCAGCAUUCCGCCUUCGAUGAUGUCCGACAGCGACAUACAACCAUCUGCCGAGCCGGGCUCGUAUGAAGGGUGCAAUCCUCAACCGAUCGGACAGCCUAUUCAGCCAGAACCCGAUUUUAAGCAUCCUGCAAGCGCAAACCACGAUAGCGGAUAUGUAUCUUUUGAAGAUAGCUUCACCGCGACCCCUGGGUAUCAAUAUCUCGGAUCAGACAUCGGCGAAUAUAACAUGGCUCAAAGCUUUCUUGCCAGCGGGCAUGAUUGGAAUCGCCGCAGCCUUCUGUGACACCAGUGGACGGUGAAGCUACACCGUCUGUCAAUGGCUAACCAUGUCGGAUGCAAUGCUUGCCAUCAUUUCGAACCCACCCCUCAUACAUUCCACCACAGUUCCUUUGUGCUCAGCUGUAAAGAUAUCUGAAUCCAAAUACUUGUGAGAGUCUCAGCUUCGGCAGUUGUGAUGGGGAUGAUACUACCAUGACAUGGAUGGGCG